AUGGCCGCAUGGGGCUUGUGGUUGGUGGGAGGGAGGAGCUGGCGAGCUGCUCCCCUGGAAGCGCUGGAUGUGCCUCCAGCAGCCGGGCCAUCUGAUUCAGAGCGGCUGCGGGAGAGGAAGGGCUUCCGGGGCCAGGCCACCCACGCGGGACGGGUGCGCGGGCGCUCUGUGACUCAGCCUGCAGCCUCUGCCCUGGCGGCCAGCACGGGCAGCCACUCGGGCCGCCCCAUGAGCCAGGACUCGGCUGAGCGGGUUGUGCAGCGGUUCGAGGUGCCCGGCGUGUCCAACUACACGGCCCUGCUACUGAGCCCGGAUGGUGGCACCCUCUACUUGGGGGCGCGUGAGCUGCUCAUUGCCGUCAACACCAGCCAUUUCCAGCCCGGGGCACCAGCUCGCAGGCUGCCGUGGAGUGCUGAUGAUGAGAAGAAGAGGCAGUGCGUGUUCAAGGGCAAGGACCCCCAGAGAGACUGUCACAACUACAUCAAGAUGCUGCUGCAGCUGAACAGCACCCACCUCUACACCUGUGGGACCUGUGCCUUCAGCCCGGCCUGCGCCUACAUCAAUGUGCAGCACUUCAGCCUGGAGCGGGACGUGUCGGGGAAGGUGCUGCUGGAGGACGGGAAGGGACGUUGCCCCUUUGACCCCGAGUACCGGUCCACAGCCGUCAUGGUCGACGGCGAGCUCUACGCCGGGACUGUCAGCAACUUCCAGGGCAAUGAGCCGACCAUCUACCGCAGCCAGGAGAGCCGCAUUGCCCUCAAGACAGAGAACUCCCUCAACUGGCUGCAGGACCCAGUCUUCGUGGGCUCAGCCUACCUGCGGGAGAGCCUGCCUGCCGGCAACCCUGAAGGCGAUGAUGACAAGGUCUACUUCUUCUUCAGCGAGACGGGCAAGGAGUUCGACUACUUUGAGAACACCAUCGUCUCCCGCAUCGCGCGUGUGUGCAAGGGGGACCAGGGAGGGGAGCGCGUGCUGCAGCGGCGAUGGACGACCUUCCUGAAGGCACAGCUGCUCUGCUCGCACCCCGAGGACGGCUUCCCCUUCAACGUGCUGCAGGAUGUCUUCGUGCUCACGCCAGGGGAGCUGCGCUGGAGGGAGACGCUAUUCUAUGGGGUCUUCACCUCGCAGUGGAACAAGGGUGGCCUGGGCAGCUCGGCCGUGUGCGCCUUCCCCAUGCGCAGCGUGCAGCGAGCCUUCGGCGGGCUCUACAAGGAGGUGAACCGCGAGACACAGCAGUGGUACACGGACACCGGCCCCGUGCCGGAGCCCCGACCAGGCAUGUGCAUCACCAGCCACACGCGGCACCUGAAGAUCAACUCAUCCCUCCAGAUGCCAGACCGAGUGCUGAACUUCAUCAAGGACCACUUCCUGAUGGACAGCCCCGUGCGCAGCCAGCCGCUGCUGCUGCAGAGCCGCCUGCGGUACCAGCAGAUCGGCGUCCACCGCGCACAGGGCCUCCACAGCACCUACGACAUCCUCUUCCUGGGCACAGAUGAUGGACGGUUGCACAAGGCUGUGCGCGUGAACCACGGGGUGCACAUCAUCGAGGAGAUCCGCCUCUUCCCCGCUGGCCAGCCCGUUCUCCAGCUGCUGCUGGACCAGGACCAGGGCCUGGUCUAUGCAGCCACCUACACGGCGGUGGCUCAGGUGCCCUUCGCCAACUGCAGCCUGUACCGCAGCUGCGGCGAGUGCGUGCUGGCGCGGGACCCCUUCUGUGCCUGGAGCCGGGGUGCCUGCCGCAAGACCAGCCUGCACCCCCCAGCGCACCCCCAGCUCUGGGCACAGGACAUCGAGGACGCUGACACGGAGCGGCUCUGCCAGCUGGCCAACACCUCCCAGCCCCGGCCCCGUGUCCUCCUGCCCCCAGUCUCGGGCGCCUCAUGCCAGCGGAUCCAGCUGCCGCCCAAUGCGGUACGGCCGCUGCCGUGCCGGCUGCUCUCCAACCUGGCCUCGCGGCGCUGGCUGCACGAUGGGGCGCCCGUCAAUGCCUCCUACCUGGUGCUGCCCGAUGGGGCCCUCAUCCUGGUGGGCAGCCCCGAGCGGGCAGGUACCUAUGAGUGCUGGUCGCUGGAGGAGGGCUUCCGCAAGCUGAUGGCCAGCUACUGUGUGAGUGUGCAGGAGCCAGCCCGUGGGCUGCCGGACCCCAACAGGAAGGUGGCUGCUGGCCGGGACGCCCUGGAGACUGUCAGCACGUCCCGGAGCACCUCAGCGGUGGGCAGUGCUGCAGCCCGGUUGGACGGCAAGACCUACUGGACUGAGUUCCUGGUGAUGUGCGUGCUCUUUGCCGCCGCUGUCUUUGUGCUGGCCCUCUUCCUCCUGCACCGGCACCGUGAUGGCAUGAAAGCCUUGCUGGAGCCCGGUGACCCUGGCCGGCACCAGAAGCCGCCCCGCAAGCCGGUGGAGAGCCUUCCCCUGAAUGGCAGCAGCCUGCCCAACGCGGCGUCUGAGCACAAGGGCUACCAGGCUCUGCAGGACAACUACAUCGUCAGCACCCCUGUGCAUGAGCCCCCAGGCCCCCCACGCGCCUUCUCCGAGUCAGAGAAGAGGCCCCUCCACAUCCGGGACAGCUUCGUGGAGGUGUCUCCCGCCUGCCAAAGACCCCGGGUGCGCCUGGGCUCCGAGAUCCAGGACUCGGUGGUGUGA